CUUGUAAUGUAGCAUUCGCAUCUACUCCGAGUGAAAGUUUUGUACAAUUAUAAGUCGUAACAUACAGGAAAAUUCGGAUUGUGGAUCGACAUAUCAAUCAAAUUUAAUGGAGUGUAUUGCUUUUGACCUUCUGAAGACUUUGGUAGUCGUUUUGACUCUGUAUCACAUUCUCAGACAUGAAGUCACCAUCUCUUACUUGGGAAUAGGCAUACUCCAACUGAUCAUGGUCAAUUCACCACUACUGAAUGCACUAGCCUCGGCGCUGAUCUUCCUGCUGAUUACACUGAAGUUCAUUUCCAUGGUUUUUUGCACACCCUUUGCAUUGCUCUGCGGGGGAUUUGUUAAAAUCAUUCAAAAGUUCGGAAAAAUCAAGGCAUUGGGCAACGAGUCGUUACAUCCGACUCCCCACAAGAUUGGUAAAGAGACUAGCACCACGGGUGACGUCUUCGAUGCAGACAUUAAAUGGAUUUUGGGUGAUCAUUGUUUCAAAAACAUCGUCCCUCGGUGUCUUAGAGAGUGUAUAGUCUUUCCCGUCUUGAGGAACAUAUGCCCUCAAAUGAGAGAAUGUGUGCUCGUGAGGCUGGCGACAUUCGUCCAAGUUCGACCUGAAGAAUUUCGACUAAACACGCCGUACUUGUCUGAGUUAGCUGCUGCGGGGUUCUUCUACGAUAAAACCAGUUCAUCUGUCCGAUGCUGCAGGUAAGUCGUCUUUAAAUAAAUAUAUCUAUUUCUUAAACGUGUAUACCUUUGUCUACAAAAUAAAGAAAAUUUCAGAACUUUUGGUAAUAUUCAAAAGGGGGGGGGGAGGGGGGGAUUUCUCCAGCAGGACAAAUGUGUCAUGUCUAUGAGAACACAAUUCUGAAAAUAUCAUUUUAAUUGGCUUUAUUCGAAACAAGCACUAAUUACAUUUAAAAUACAUUUUUCUAGAUGCACGGGUCAAUUUAAAAUGAAGAAAGUUCCGGAGAAAAGGGAAGAAUGGCACGUACCGUGGUGUCAUUUCUAUCAGCCGGCUCAAGUCGAGACUAUAAUGCCGAGCCCUGACUUGGGCGUAUCACGGACUACUUUCAUGUAAGAUUUUAAAAUAUUUUUUUCAUUAAGGACGUAUUAUUUUUUUUUAAUACAAAAAUUAACUAACAACGAAUUCUCCAUGCAGGGAAAUAAGUAACCCCUAUAAUCCGUGACAAGGGAACCUUCUCGUUCUUAGCCUACGCCGUUAUUAAUUAGUUUGGGGAGAGGUCAGAUAGUAUUCAGGAUCAUCAGAGGCGUAGCCAGAUUGCUUGGCGCCUGGGGACAAGAUUCAUUCUAAAGAGCAUCCCCUUCUUUUUUCAACUCUUAAACCCAUUCUAUUCAUCAAUAAGAUAAUAUCAAAGAAUAUUUUGGCGCCCCAACUAGUCCGGCGCCCAGGGACAUCUGCCCCAGUUAAAUACGCCUCUGAGAGUCAGAGAACUUAAAUUAAUGCGCUGGUAAAUACGGGUUAAUUUUUUAAAAAAAUCAAUUAAACUUGAUGAACCAGGGGUCCUCAAAAUAUCAUAAUAAUGAGAAAUAGACUAUAUGUGGCUGUCUUUAAUGUUUUUAUUUUAAAAAUAUCUUUGACCGGUCGCAAAUAAGAAGCAACGCUUUCGAAAGUGGACGGCCGCAAGAAGGACAUUUUUUAUUGGUUAAGAGAAAAGUGCAGUUUGGUCUUCUUUUGUUCCAAACUAGACAGGAGACUUCCAACAUAUCUGAGGACAGUGACUUAAGGGAGCCUGACCAGAUAAAUAGUGCACCCCGGACAGCUGACUUAAGCCAAGCACACGUCGCCGGCUCCAAUCAACUUAUACAACGUCAUGGACUAGGUGGACGAGUGCAAUCGAAUAGGCCAGUUCCCUCGGUACAAUCCAACAAUCUAGGUCCACCAGUACAACCCGCCAGUCGAGGACAACCACAACAACAAACAGUGACUUCGAAUAACCCCAAGAAAGGUAAGCUGCUGCACAAUAGUUACCGGUCCAGGGCGAACAAGCCAGAGACUCAUCUAGAUAUUGAUGGUCAAUAUUAGACUCAUUUUUAGCGCCUUAAGAAAAUAGCUCUCUUGAGGAAGUGGAUGAAACUUUUAUAUAUAUAUAUAUAUAUAUAUAUAUAUAUAUAUAUAUAUAUAUAUAUAUUUUUUUUAGAUAUUGAUGGUAAAUAUUAGACUCAUUUUUAGCGCCUUAAGAAAAUAGCUCUCUUGAGGAAGUGGAUGAAACUUUUAUAUAUAUAUAUAUAUAUAUAUAUAUAUAUAUAUAUAUAUAUAUAUAUUUUUUUUUUAAAGCAUUUUGCCAGUUUUAAGAUAAAAUGAAAAAUGUGAUGCCCCCUAAUGAAGUUCUAGCAUUGAAUAUAAUGAUUUUUUUUUAAAAUAUAUAUUUUUUUAAUAACAGUAAUCGCGUUUGAUAUUACAAAACUUUUAAUUUCAAAUGAUUCUGUCUUUUUCAAAAAUUAUUUUUUUUAAACUGAUUUUUUUUAUCUCAUAUCCCCGCAUAGAUCCCUUUGGAAUGCUCAUAUUUGACUGUGCUGAAUUGAUCCCCCCCCCCACCCCAACCCUGCCCUUACAUUUGAGAUGUCCCAUUGAAAUCGCUGCAAUAUAUUUGAGUUAAGAAGGACACACAUAGAAGGCGUGGUACACAAUGUGUUCACUCUUGAGUGAUCAGGCGUGGUUUUCCUUUCAGCCAAAUGCACACGCUUUCAUGUUCUCAAAACUUGGAAACAUAAACAAAUACGCAUCAACUGUGCACCUUUAGUUUUAAAUCCUUUAUAUUAUCUUCUAAUGGUCAUUAGAAUAGUAACAUAAAAUAACCAAUAGUUCAGGGGCGUCAAAAAAAAUGUGCAGCUGCGAGUCUUAGGGUGUGGGAAAGCACAAAUUUGGAUUCUUAAAUAGCGCGUUACUUGUAUGCAUGUUAUGUCAAAUUUGCAGCCCCACACACAUUGCUCGAUGUCACAUUUUAACAAGAAUUUAUAUCUGAGAAACUUUGUGUUUAGGGGGGUUGUUUAAAUUUACUUCUAAAUACGCAAGAGACAAUUAAGCACAUGCACAAAAUAAGGCUUCUCAAAUAACAAUUUUGCCACUCUUUAAAGCAAAUGGUACAACCAGAGAGAGGUUUGGGGGGGGGGGGGUUGCCACAUAUUCCAUUAUGCCAUUGAACGGAUCUGAAUGUAAAAAAACACGUUUUCAAAACCUUUCAUGACCUGCCAGUUGAGCCUGCUCAGCGUCCUAAGUGUGCAGAAAAAAGUGUGUGGGGGUGACAUAGCCGUUUAUCCUUUCUCAAAUGUCUCAAUACCAGCCCAUAUACUUGAGCCUUGGUGAUUGGGGAGGGGGGAUAUUAACGAGGAGUAAGUCACAGGCCUCACCAAACCCUCGAAAACUACAGCUGAGUGGCAGAAGGAAACGAAUUAAAUGAAUAAUCUGGGAUGUUUUCUUUCUGACUUUAAAAUAAUGUAUUUCAUUCUCCCAGUACCGCAUUGUAUAUGUAUACAGUAAUAACACUAGACAUGUGAUAGCUCCAUUUUAUAGCUUUUUAUUUUAAAAAAAUAUUUAUUUGGCCUUUCUCUUUUGCUUUGUCCAUUUGUUUAACAGUUUACAAGACUUUCGAAGCUAGGGAAGAGUCCAUCGGCGAUAAAGAAUGGGCUGUUGGACCUAACACGCCCCACGCCCUGGCAAUGAAUGGACUUUAUUAUGGAGGUACCUUGUGGAAUGUAUCUUAAUCAUUCAUUAGUCAUUAGAACCAUUGGAAUGUAUCGUAAUCAUUCAUUAGUCAUUAGAACCAUUGGAAUGUAUCGUAAUCAUUCAUUAGUCAUUAGAACCAUUGGAAUGUAUCGUAAUCAUUCAUUAGUCAUUAGAACCAUUGGAAUGUAGUGUUAUCAUUCAUUAGUCAUUAGAACCAUUGUACUGAAUCCAAAACAAUGAUAAACCUACAAAGCAUGUGAAUAUUAUUGUAAAUUAUCUUCAUUCAAAAUUCUCAAGGGUUUUGUUUGACCUUUGUCUCGUUUCCUACAGGCGUUAGUGACAGACUCUGCUGUUUUUCGUGCAAAUUCUUAAUCACUGGCUGGUACGAGCCGGGGAGACUGGUCGAUGUGAAAAGGGAGCACGCGAAAUACAGUCCACUGUGCGGGUCAGUUCGUCACCGGCCGUCCCCAGAGUAGUGAAAGUGGGCGGUGUAAAGCUUGCUGGCGUCAGACAACAGAUUUAAAAGCAUUGUGAUCACAGGAACAAAACGAACAAAAGAUCAAUCAGGCUGACAAACAUUUAAGUAUAGAUUUCUUAUCUUUUAAAAAAAACAAGUUGUUUUGCUAAUUUUAUAAAUAAAUGACAAGGAUCUAUUUGAAUAUUUUCUAAAAACAAAUUAGUUCAAUUGUCAUCCAUUUUUUAAAAAAAAUAUUUGUUUCUUUAAAAACAGAUUUAAUGUCUUUUCAAGUUUUGCAGAUUAAUUUUUUACAUUAUACCAUUUUUUAAAUAAAAAAUAAUAAUGUUAUCUGAUGCCAGCAAGCGAUGCAUCGCCAUUGUCAAAGUUUCUGUUGUCUUUAAAUGGUGUGUGUCUCCGUCUGUUCAUUCGUACCAUUUUUUUUUUUAUCUUCUGUACUAGAUAGGCCCUAGGGAUAUACUAAUGGGACCCCCCUGAUGUUGCCCAAUCUUCAACCUCUUUGAAUGCUCACAGUAAAAAAAUAACCACCCCCACCCACCUCACCUCACCUCACCCACCCACCCCCACCUAAAUGAACUCGUUGGUGGCGAGGGGGAGGGGGGCAUUCACAAUAGCUUACCAUUUUCAUUGCGACCCGGGUCCGAACAGCGGCGAUGUGUUUCCGGUUCCAUUUUGACUACAUGCUACUCGGAUGUCAUUUGAGGUAAUUUAUUUUAGUUAAACUGAAGAAGUAAGUUUACAAACAUAGAGUCCAUUCAGUUAUCUUUCAUUUCAUAUCAAAUGUUUGUCUUACAAACCCUACAAUAAUUUUUAAAUAUUUUUUUAAUUAACCCAAACUCUCAACGGGGCCGAAUAGCAGCAUCCAAAAAAAAAAAAUUGCUUUCCUAAAAGAAAAAUGUAAAAUGUUUUACUGGCUGUCAUUCUCAGAGUCGGAUACUCAUUUAUAUAACUAUUCAUAAGUAAUGGGUUUGCCCCACACCUUUCAAUGGCGUAGCCGUAGGAUUAGGUGGGAAGUUGCCAUCACGUGAUCUGAAUGUUAAAUGUCUGCAUAACGUCUGUAUUCUGUGGCAGCCAGCCUAAACGUAUCAGUAGCAAGUUUGGACGUCUGCACGUUCUUUGUUUAUGUCCUCUGCGUUGUUUUUAGAGGCUUCGCGUUUAUUUAAAUGAUAGCUUUGCCGAGCCGGUACCCCAGGGUCCUCAGGUAUCAGUCGUUUAAAUGAAAAUACAAAAUCAUCCUGCGUUUGUUUGUUUUUUUUUAUAUUUUGUGUAACUGUUUGACUGAUUCCCACCCACACACACAAAUGGGCCCUACCAGCCUGACACGACUAUGGAAGGAAACAGGGGAGGAUGUUUGUUGUUGUUUUUUUUUUUUUGUUUGUUACUAAAAAAUUUUUUUUAAAUUGCAUGUAAAAAUUAUUUUGAACAAAAUAAAAAGCACGAAUCAAUAUUUAAUAUUUUGUGGCGUUGCCGCUGAGGCCGAAUAAAUCAUGUCAGCAAGAGAACUAAAUUUCACUCGAUAAAAACGCUAGGUCACAUUUUGUGAACAUUCCAAAUUUUCCCAUACAAAAUAGAUCAUUUAUUAAAAUGAAACAAGUCAGGUUACAUUCAAAUUAUAAAUUUGAAUUUAUAAAUAACGUUAUAUCAAGUUGAGGAUAUGGGAAAUUAAAACUUUAUCAAUAACCCUGGAUACAUAUUUUAUAUUUCAUUACUAUUCUUAAAUAAGUAGUUGUAGUGGUGGUGGUAUAUUCAUUUCAACAUAAUAUGUAUUUUUGUAAAUUCUUUGUCAUUUUCUCUUUCAACAUUUUAAAAAUUUAUUUUUCGUCUUCUUUAAUUAUUGUAUUUUUUAUCUUCUAAUUAUCAUAUAUGUAACUUAACUUGGCAUUUUAUUGAUUCGAAUGUGUGAGAGUUCUUUUAAAACACUUUCUCCUCAAGAAAUUUAAAAAAAAAAUAUUUUACCUAAAAUUUGAUGUUUCCUUUAGAAAGUACGGGACCAAAAUAAAAAUUUUCCACAAAUCACUAACAUAUACCCCGACCCCCCCCCCCACACACACACACUCAAACGCAGCUUUUUAAAAGAAAUUUUUCACUCCACCUCCUGCUCCAACCUUCUACUCCAAAUAUAUUUUUUUUUUUAUUUUCUGUUUUUUUAAGUUUAACAUAACAUGCAAGGCUUAUUUCAUUACAAUGUAUUUCACACUUUAAUUGCACACCGAGGUUUGCGCAUUUAUUAAAAUUCCCGUUUGGUUUUAUUAUCCAUAUUUAACUGAGCUUUAAAAUAAUAAAUAAUCAGGCCAUGUUGGAUAAAAUGUGCAUUUCAAUAAAUUCAUCAUUAAAAUAUUCCUUUUUAAAUCUUUUGUACUAUCUCAGUGUGCAUCAUUUAUUGUUUUAAGUGUAACCUUUUCAUACAGUAUAUUUAGUUAAUUGAGUUUCCAC